UUUUCCUUGGUAUAAUAGCAUUCAAUGCACUUGUUAUCGUGUUGUUACUAACACGGAAGAAGAAGACGAGAAUGGGAUUUUUUGUUACAAAUCUUGCAAUAUCAGAUCUCUGUCUUGGACUCUUUUACGUUUUCCCGGAGUUGGUUUUCAACAAAUUUGGAGUUCCUUGGAAUAAAUAUGUUUGCUAUAUAGUGUACGCAUUUUUCUCACAGUGGUCAGCCUAUGUAUCUAUAUAUGCAAUAGUUGUAAUGUCUAUAGAUAGACUAUACGUUAUUGUGAGACCUUUAUCUGCAGCCUCUAAAGGACAAAAGUAUCGAUUUGGUUUGGUAUCAAUAGCAUGGAUUACUGGAUCAGUUCUUGCUGUGCAGUACGUUGUUCACACUGACUUCGGGAAGAGGGAGAAGACAUUUUGUGUUCAUUUUAUUCCAUACAGGGAGGCAAUGCUUUAUAUUGAUACCACACUUAUGAUAAUAAUUCCAGUCAUUAUUAACGUCAUUUGUCAUGCUGGUAUAAUAAUUACAAUCCGAAGACGGGAAACAUGUGGAUUUAUUCCGGCAAACAGAAGCGAUACAGUUUCUACAGAUGAAAUAAUUCCUAAGGAUAGAGUGAUUUCAAAUGCAAAAAUCAAGACGAUAAAGCUACUAUUAGUUGUAGUAUGUGUGUAUAUAUUAUGUUGGACACCAAUAUAUGUGGGUGCAUAUUUACAGUUUUACGCCAAUAUAAAAGCCGGAUUGAUAUAUAAUGUGUUGUAUACAUUUGCACCAUUGAACAGUUUUGCCAAUCCAUUAGUGUUUUUGAUAUUUAAUUUCAAAAUGUUUCGAUCAAAUAAGAAAAAGACGGAUUAUCAUGUAAUGCACAUGAAUACAUUGAAAACGUCAUUAUGUUCAAAACGUCAUCAUUAAAAGUUACAUGUGAGUGAAACGUCAUCUUUAAAAGUAAUAUUUGAUUGAAGUGUUUAUUUAGCCAUCUUGCAACUUUAGAGGAAGGUGAAUACAGUGAAGACUUCAAUAGGUUCAAAACGUCAUCUUAACGGGAAAGGUCCAUUUAAAAGUGAUAUUCAUGAAGAAACCUUAACAUAUUCAAUUUUUGUUACUGUGAAUACAUUAUCAUUUGUCAGAUGCCAAUUGUCGUGUAUUUCGUGGGUAUAGUUGAACCACAAAAUUGAAAUGUCAAUGAAUGCCAAAUUUCCUAUAGACCUGUAUGCAAACAUUGGAUAAAGCGCAACAUCAAAUAUUCACGAACAUGGCAGGGUUCUUUUAUUCGCGAAAAUUAGUACCUACGAACAUAAGUGAUUCCAACCUGAAGGCUGAAGGAUCUACAGGAAUAUACUCAAUAGUCAAUCAGUAAUGGCUAUAACAAAUAAAAACGAAAACGACGAAAAAAAGCAAUCAGUCUUUUAAACAUAACAUUGAAAUAUUUAUGAAAACAUAUUACCACAAAUCUCACCAAACAACCGGAUGUACUAACAGGUGCUUUCGAAAAGUUAAGAUAUCAUUAUUAUCAAACGCUUGACAUCAAAUGAAUUGCGGUUUUGCUUGUGUGGGAAGUUCGUGGAAGAAAUUUGAAUUCAAAGUGAAAAAGAAGUGCACUACAGCAUUCGACAUUGAAUGAAUAUAGGUUCUAUUCGUAUGCCAUUUUCUUGGAAGAAAAUUAAAUAAACAGUAAAAAAGAAACGCACUGCAGAUCGUGAAGUACUCUCGCGUUAUAAAAGUGUUAGUUUGCAUUUCAUAUAUUCAUGGGUAGAAAACGAACAUUUGUCAUAUAGGUUUUGAUGAUACCUGCGUUUUGAACAAAAUAAAACGAAAACUUUUUUGUAAUCUUUCUUUCCUUUCAAGAUCUUUGAACACCUUAUCAAUUUUAGUGAUUUUAGGUUGAGUGAUAUUCAAUUAUUUCAAUGAUAUAUAGUAUUCAUUAUUUUAAACGAGAUUUGUAUUAACGGUCAUAAUAUUUAACUCAUCAAAUAUUGGUAUAUUACUUGCUAUUUUUAUUUACAAGUCUGCCAUUUGUAUUGAGUAUACUAUUGAAUUGUAAUAUUGCUAUAAUGUAAUUGAUUAUUACCGUCUACGAGCAUGUGUAAAUAAACAGAAGGAUAAUGUCGGAGUGAAGGGAUUGUAAUAACAAACCAAAGGAUAAAAAUCUGAUAACUCAUGUAACACAAGUAUUACAUAUUGCUUGCAAAUGCUAA